UGAUCGCCUGGCGCACAGGCAAAACGUGUUUCGACUCGCGGCUACAGCUGAUACCGUCCUCACCUAUCCCGACGCAGGAACACGCCGCCCGAGGCGAACCCCUGCUCACCGCAUCCACUCCCAAAUGCCAUAGCUUCGACUCAAGCCUCGCCCAUCUCAGGCACCUCGGGACCUUGGAGCCACGUGCGACCUUCACCACGUUAAGCUGAAUCCAGCAGUGGCAGGUGUUGCUUAAUUGCGCUUCAGCUCACGGUCCACUCUCGACGUCGUUGGACUCUCUCUCCCAGACACACAGAGUUAUUGUUUACUACUGUCUUAUUGUUUACUACUGCCAACCCCGCUACCCCACUCACGAUGCAGCGCCGACAGAGCGCACGAGGAGAGUGGAUUCCCACCGAGGGACAGUGGCCCGUGGACCCUCAAAAAGAUGUUGAAGUUUCUGAGCAGCGCAUAUGGGUCGAUGGCUGUUUCGACUUUGCCCACCACGGCCAUGCGGGCGCCAUGCUGCAGGCGCGGCAGCUGGGCAACGAGUUAUUCGUCGGCGUGCACUCGGAUGAAGCAAUCAUGGAGAACAAGGGCCCGACAGUGAUGCGCCUGGACGAGCGUGUCGCCGCCGUCGAAGCCUGCCGAUGGGCUACCAAGGCCGUCCCUCGCGCGCCCUAUGUGACCUCGCUCCCCUGGAUCACCCACUACGGCUGCCAAUACGUUGUCCACGGCGAUGACAUCACUUCCGACAGCGACGGCAAAGACUGCUACCGCUACGUCAAAGCAGCCGGUCGCUUCAAGGUGGUUAAGCGCACGCCGGGCAUCUCGACCACGGACCUCGUAGGCCGCAUGCUGCUCUGCACAAAAUCGCACUUUAUACCCUCGCUCGAGAAACGGCUCUCAGGCGACGAAGGCCCAGGCGACGAGAAGGAGCGGCUAAAGACUGGCGAGGACAUGCUACAGCGCAUCAAGGACUACGCCACAGAUGCUUCGGGUCGCGCGCCGGGCUGCGACGUAUGGUACUGGCAUGCUUCCCGCCCUGUCAAGCUACGGCGAACAACCACCAGCAACACCGUCGCCUCGCCCACCUCGCCCACUGCUCCCCGCCCUGGUGCCGUCCGCGCCGCCUCUACGGCCUCAGCUCUCGGACCCGUCAAGGAAGAAAAGGGCAAGUUCCACCAGUUGGUUCAAGGCAAGGGCGUGAAACCGGGUCAAAGAGUCGUUUAUGUCGACGGCGGCUGGGAUCUCUUUUCCUCGGGCCACAUUGAGUUCUUGCGUCUCGUUACAUCGGCGGAAGAGGAGGGUGCUAAAGAGAGGGGAUGGUAUACCGAGGAAGCGAAGAAGGAGCGCAUAGAAAAGGCGGGUGAGGACUAUGGGCCCGUGUUUCUCAUCGCGGGUAUCCACGACGAUGAGGUGAUUAAUCAUUGGAAGGGCAUUAAUUAUCCCAUUAUGAACAUUUUUGAACGCGGACUCUGCGUGCUGCAGUGUAAAUAUGUCCACUCCGCCAUCUUCGGCGCCCCCUUCUCCCUCAGCAAAGCCUUUUUACACACACUCCCUUAUAACCCCGAAUCCCCACUCGCGGCAAUAUAUCACGGCAAAACCACUUUUAUGCCCUUGGCUUUUGACCCUUAUGCCGUGCCCAAGACGCUGGGGCUCUACACGGAAAUCGCCAACCACGAGUUCCAAAAUGUGAAUGCGGCAGAGAUUGUGAGCAGGAUUAUGAAGGGCAGGGCGCUGUAUGAGGAGAGGCAGCGGAAGAAGGGGGAGAAGGGUAUGACGGAGGAGGUGGAGAAGAUUCGUCAGGAGAUGGAGAGGGAGCAGAAGAGGAAGGAGGUUGAGGGGCAGUUUGGGCUUUAGUGCUGGGGUUGGCAUCGGGGUAGAUUUCUUUUUGCCUUCUGUUCCCUCGUGUGUGAGAGAUUUGUGGGCGAGAGGAUGUAAGGAUGUGGAUUGGGGAGAGGUGGUUGGUGAGAGAGAAAGAGAAAGAGAGAGGGCUUUAUACCAUUCUUCAA